AGACCAAGGGAGAUACGUGAAGACGAAAUGGAAAAACGUAAGAGUGGGUGACAUCAUCCAUCUGUCCUGCAAUGAAACCAUCCCGGCUGACAUGGUUGUUCUGAACUCCUCGGACGAGUAUGGGAUGUGUUUCAUCGAGUCUUCCAAUCUAGAUGGAGAGAGCAACCUGAAGCAGAGGCAGGCUGUGAAAGGGCUUGGCAUGGAUGAAAGGUUUGAGGUGUCGAAGUUUGACUACAUGAUGGAGAUUGGCGCUCCUUCGACCAAGAUCUACCACUUCACUGGUACCAUCCCUUUACCUUCAGGGGAACGUGUGCCCCUCACCAAAGACAAUCUCUUGCUGAGAGACUGCGCCCUUCGAAAUACAGAUUAUAUUGAAGGCAUUGUUGUUUAUGCAGGACGUGAGACAAAAGCUAUGUUGAAUAAUGGUGGCACAAGGUACAAGCGUUCCAAGCUUGAGCGCAGGAUGAACAUCGAGGUCAUCUGGUGUGUGGUCAUCCUGUUCAUCAUGUGCCUCGUCUCUGCAGCAGGAUCGGGUCUGUGGCAGAGUUCCUAUGAAGUGAACGCCACGUUAGGGUUGGUCCCGUUUAUUCCACUAGAAAGUUUGACGGCGACCAACUCAAAAUUGAAGCUAUCAAAUAACUCUAUAUGGGUUGGAUUUAUAAGUUUCUGGACUUUUGUAAUCAUUUAUCAGGUUAUCAUUCCAAUCUCACUUUAUGUAACCAUUGAAGUAAUAAAGUUGAUGCAGGUUUACCAUAUACAUAAUGACAAAGACUUCAAAGACAAGAAAAGUGGGAAAACAAUUGAGUGCAGGGCGCUGAAUAUCCCUGAAGAAUUGGGCCAAGUGGAGUAUGUGUUCACGGACAAGACCGGAACACUGACAGAAAACAACAUGGUCUUCCAGCGUUGCUCAAUUAAUGGCACUGACUACCCGCAUACUCCCGUUAUUGUCAACAGGGAAGAGAAAAAGUCUGAUCAGCGGGACACAUUCACUGUGAACAAUCAGCUGCAGGAAGAUUUGGCCUCUGUUGAACUUCCAAUGAUUUACGCUCAGCCAGGGAGUCGACAGAAUCCAUCCUCCAUCACUCCGGCAAAAGAUUCUCCUUCUCAGAGAAUAAUUGAUUUCUUCUUCACCCUGGCAGCAUGCAAUACUGUUAUUGUGGCAAAGUAUCCACAUCACGAUCAGAUGAAUGCAAGUGGUAUGAUAGUGCCAAAUGAAAGUGCCAACAAUUCCAGUAUUAGUGAGGUGGACAACACUUCCUUCAAUACCACCACCAGUAGUAUCGGUUCCACAUCUUGGGCUCCGAACCGUCUGUUACGGGGCCUGCUCUCAUUUUCCCGCCCACUGUCCCCCAUUGCCUCUUCUCCACGCAGCACACCCCCACUCACCCCAGAGGCCUCACCACGUUACUCCGUCCCACCUGCUCGCCAGACUCCACCCUCAGUUAGCAUCACCCUUAACCCCAUCAGCCACUCCAACAACCUUGAGAGUGUCCAGGAGUCGCCUGGCAGCCUCAACCAUUCAGCCAACACCAGCCCAACCAGACCUUCCCUCCUCAACAUCCAGGCAGCACAAAUAUACAACUCUAAUAUAAUGAGGGAUACACGUUCCCUCACCCCUUCCCCCAUGGACAUCAAGCCCAUCUAUGAAGCUGAGAGUCCAGAUGAACUGGCGCUUGUGGAUGCUGCGUACAAAUAUGGGUGUCGCUUACUCAGGAGGUCCUUGCACAAUAUUCUUGUGUCUUUGCCAGGAUAUGGGCUUCGUGAAUAUGAAGUCUUGCACAUUCUUCCAUUUGAUUCAAAUCGCAAGAGAAUGUCCAUCAUUGUGCGAGAUCCUGAGACACAGGAGAAGGUUCUUUAUUGCAAAGGUGCUGAUUCUGCCAUACUAGACAAUUUAAGUAGAGCUGUAGAUGAUAAGACCAAGCUGAGAAUAUUCCGCACUCAGCAGCAUCUUAACAUCUACUCUAAGAAAGGUCUUCGUGUCCUUUGCAUGGCCAAGAGAGUCCUCACAGAGGCAGAAUAUGAGGACUGGGCCAUGAAGCACAAAGAGGCUGAGAACGCACUUUCAAACAGAGAGCGUAAACUCCAAGACUCAUAUCUUAGAAUAGAGAAAAAUUUAAGUUUAAUAGGUGCCACUGGUAUAGAAGACAGAUUGCAGGAUGGUGUACCUGAAACAAUCAAGGCCAUGAGAAAUGCUGGUAUUGUGGUGUGGGUGCUAACAGGAGACAAACAGGAAACGGCUGUUAAUAUUGCUUAUUCAUGUGCUCUGUUUUCUUCUGAUAUGGAGAUUCUGAAACUGAAUGCUCGCACAAAAGACCAAGCGGACAGAACAAUUCAGUUCUACACACAACAAAUAGAACAGCAAGAGGAAGCCUGGCAGCGGCAGCAGUUACAGGCCGCAGCCAAUGGUAGUAUUGGCGCAUCAAGAGACCAUGCUGUUGAAUUUUCAAACCUGCAGAACGACAACAGCAAUCAACCCAGACCACCCAAAGAACGAGGGCUGGUGGUUGAUGGAAGAACUCUUAUAUUUAUUCUGGAUCGACGGGCAAAUUUGAAGAAAGCUUUCCUUAAUCUUGCUGGCAAGUGCUCUGCUGUAUUAUGCUGUAGAGCAACACCUCUACAGAAAUCUCUUAUUGUUCGAAGUGCCAAGGAUAGUCUUAAGGUUCUUACUUUGGCAGUUGGUGAUGGUGCCAAUGAUGUGCCAAUGAUUCAGACUGCCGAUGUGGGAGUAGGCAUCUCUGGCCUUGAAGGAAAGCAAGCUGUGAUGGCGUCGGAUUAUGCUAUUGCCCGAUUUAAACAUCUAGAGAAAUUACUACUAGUCCAUGGCCAUUGGUGCUAUGACAGGCUUUCAAGAAUAAUUUUGUACUUCUUCUAUAAAAAUGCUUCCUUUGUAAUGAUCCUGCUAUGCUACCAGCUGUACACUGGCUUCAGUGGGAGCAGCAUGAUUGACCAGAUGUACCUGAUGGUGUUUAACCUGCUCUUCACCUCAAUCCCUCCCAUUAUUGUUGGUAUUUAUGAUCAAGAUGCGCCAGCAGAGGUGCUGCUUUCACAACCCCAGCUGUAUGCCCAAGGCCGGGAGAGCAGACUCUACAAGUCGCAUUCCUUUUGGAUCAAUAUUGUUGAUGCAAUAUAUCAGGCCAUCGUUUUGUUCUUCUUUGCUGCUGUUCUCCAUGAGGACUCUGAUGCUGGGAUGUAUGAGUUUGGCUUGACUAUAACCCAUGCCACCCUUGUGACUCAGCUGCUACACCUUAGUAUUGAAACCAAGUCAUGGACGGUUAUCCAUGUCUUUGGAAUCGUGGUUUCAUUCAUAAUUUUCUACGGGUUUGGUGUGCUUUACACUAUGACUUGUGUAUCGUGUUUUGGGUCACCUAGUCAGUUUGGAGAGCUGAGUCAUGCCAUGCAGUCUCCAAUUCAUUGGCUGACGGUCGUUCUCACGUCAGUACUUGCAAUCUUACCUAGGUUUGUUGUUCGCUCUCUAAGCUGUUCUCUAAAUCCUGACGACAUAACUCAAGUUUUGAUAGAGAACAGACGAUCCAAGCGCCAUGACUACAUGACCUCAUGGUCAAGAUCUACCUCUUCAUCUUCUGUGUACAGACGCCGAGAGCCUGACCACUAACCUUAAGAGUGGGCCAGAGGAGGGCAACGAUAACCUGAUAACUUGCAAAAGUCCCGAGAGGAACAAGAGAUCAAUUUUUUCCCCCGUUGUUUUUGCUUGAUUAAAAAAAGACAGAAAGAAUUACAGCAAAUUUUGACUGAUUUAAAAUGGUUGUCUGCUUCUUUUGUGUUUCUAUACACUCAAAAAAAAAAGAAAAAAAAGAAAAGAAAAUAAUAAAUCAAAAUUUUCCCAUCUUUUUUAUUGUACAUAUAUCUCUUUUCAAUUUCCCAAUAAGUUUACAUUUCAUGGUAUAGAUUAUUAAGAUAUUCUUCCAUGCAAGUUUUUUCUUUUUCUUGCAAACCUCUUUAGUCUUGACAUUUCAAGUAAUUAAGGAUUUAUCUUGCAUUCCCUGGAUGCACCGAAUGUUCCUGGCAAUAAAGGAAUCAGACCCAGGCCCAACUAUGAGGCAGAAACCGGUGACGAAGCCUCAGAACCCCUAAGCUCCAUGGUCACCACCACCACAGUCCUAACAACCACAGAAGAAGCUGAAGUAUGAGAUCGAUUCUUAAAGUGGUGGAAUUCCUAGUGCUGUUAUAAAGGAAAUGAGUGAGCGAUGGUUCCUUUACGUACUACUGUGUAGAACCAAGUGGAGAAAAGGUGUCUGUUGAGUGACAGUGGUAGAAGAGGUGGUUCAAGCUGCGUGGAAAUUAAGGUGGAAAGGUGGAUACAUGCAAAUGUCUGUUGAUUUUCUGCAACUUUGGUUUGAGGGAAUGAAGUGAUGCAGUACUUUGCAGAUUGAAAGGGUAAAGGAAAAAGAAAAAAACAAAUUGAAGACAAUCAUUGCAAUAUGUACACCAUUUUAUCCAUCAACAGAUAAUUGUGAAAAUGGGAUGCGAUUGCCAGAAAGUGCUUAGAUGUGGCUUCAGUGCUAUAAGGCAGGUCUAGUUUUCUAUUAAUUUUUCGCCAGUAAAGCACCACCUCAGGAAAUUCAGGUAGUGUAACAGUGUCAGAAAAAAUGUCCGAAAAAAAAAAGAGAAUCUACUCGUAAGUAGUAUAUGUAGUACUUUAUUUAUCAUUGUUAUAAUUAUAUUCAAUGUUGUUAUUAUUAUUUUUUCCUUCUUUUUUACUUUGUGAUUUGCUCAUGCUUAUACAUGCCUCAUAAGUUUCCUCCUUCAUCUGGAAAAACUUAUCUGAUACUUAAAAAAAAACAAUAAAACAGUGGGUAUUUAAGUGCAGUUGUCAACUAAAAAUUAUGAAUAUUACGUUUUCAACAGUUAGUUGUUUAUUUUUGGCCUGAAGUCAGAAUAUGUCAGAGAUCAUGGCUACAGUUAUCUUGUCACUUUGUUGUAGAAAACAUUUGUAUAAGGAAGGUACAUAUCAGAUUUUUUGCUUCAUAUUAGUUGAGGAUUUAUCCAACUUGUUUUUGCUUUUUUUUUUUUUUCUAAGACCAUUUAAAAAUCCAUCAUUGAAUGGGAGAAAAGGUAAUUAACGGUGACAUAAUCCAAGUGAUUUUUUCAACAUUCCAGUAAUCUGUAGUAAGUGAAGGGUACUUAACAUGUCAAAGCCAAAGAUGCUCCCAGCUAAGAUGUGACUGUUUUUGGAAUGCAUAGAUAGAGAGUACUUUUACAUAGGUUUAGCUUACUUCUUCAGGGGACUUGCAAUUAUGUGCCUUCGUGGUUUUGUCAUGUGCUUCCAUACUUGCGCAAGUCUGGAAGUUGUGCCAAUGAAUGCUGUGACAAAUAUGGACUUUGUUUGCUGUAAUUUUAGGAAUCAAUUUUGCGGUGAAUGCAAAAAUGACACAAGUCUUGAAUGAUGCAAGUUAUGAUUGUUUAUCUAUGUUCUUUAUAUUUAUUUUACUUCGUGAUCCUGAUUUAUAAAACUUCUAAAGCAUACAUCGUUUUAGAUAUUUCUAUUUGUUGUGGAUAUUCAGUCUAUCCAUAUUCUACACAAUGAUAAAGUUCUGCAGUAUUUCAGAUUUUUGAUAAGUCAUCGUCAUUGAACAUAAUUGGUAAUGAAAGUCAUUUCUACGCUCAAGAAAACAAAAAUAUACAGCUAAGGAAAAUUGUUGGUGAUAUUUGAUGCUAUUUUUUUAAACAAAAGAAAAAUAGUUUUGCCUUGCUAAAUUUUCCAACACCAGGCCUUGUUGUACAUUGAAUGCCUUCAUAUUCCGAGAUGCUAUGUAUAUUACCGUAAGACUCUAAGUAAUCCUCACUCAUUAUUCAGUCUUUAAUUGUAGGAUGUCAAAGGGACCAGAAAUUAUGUAAUGAUCUGUUUGUGCUGUUUUUUUUUUCUUUUUUUCUUUCUCUUCUUUUUUAUCCUCUCUCUCUCUCUGCAGAAGAUUGGAAGCUUUUCAGAUUGUUUUAAGUAGAAUUUCCAGCUACUUUACUCUACAUAAAUGAAUACAAUAUGUGAUUUAUGAAGCAUGAAUAUUUUGCAUGUUAUUUAUAUAUAUAUUUUUUUCUACUUUGGUGUUAACUUGAAGAAAAUUACCUUCAUUUAUAAUUACUCUUCGCAAAGGAUGUUUUCUCAUUAACUUAUCUAAAUGAGUUUAUAAAAAUUAUUUAAAUCUGCCGGACGUUUUCCAUUUGUAAUCAUAUUCAUUGUCAUUACUGGUAAAGGAGGGCAUUAUUUCAAUCAUGAGUUUAUGAAAAUGCUACAUAUGAUAGCAGUGAGGUUAUGUAAUUCCUUUAUUACUAAAAUAUAUUGAGAAAUCUGAAGUAUAAUGCUGUACUCAAAUACAGUAUCUGCCAUAUCUUGGGCAUUAAUGCCUGCAGUCUUUCUUGUGCCAAAUAGGCCCUAUGGAAUAAUUUUUUGGAUCGAGAAUUUGCAACCUGUUACGAUGAAAUCACACUGAAAUUAAUAAAAUUGCAUGAUGAAGGCUUUUGUCAAGUAUGCAUUAUAGAGCACAGUUGCAAUGCUGUCGAGUAACAUGGAGUUGUGCACACCAAGUUCAUGAUAUUGGAUUGCUAGCAUUAUCUUGCAUUUUAAAUCUUUGUCCUUUUAAUGUGAAGUGUCUGUUGCCUACUGUGAUGCCACAAUCAUUUUUUUUUUUCUUUUUCUUUUUUUUUUGAGGGGGUUGGGGUAAGAUGCAGUUUAGUUGGAAUGAAACAAGGUUGUACAUAGAGUUUCAGGAUUAAUGCCAAUGAUCAGUGAGUUAAGGUAUGAUUUUUUUUUUUUUUUUUUCCUUUUUUUUUCUUUUUUUUUUUUUCUUUUUUUUUUUAGCAGUAUUUGUAAACCUGUGUCUGAUAGUUUGGCAUUAAGGUUUGCAGACUGGAAAACUUAGUAUCUGUACUUUUAAAAAGAAGAAUACAAAUUCAAUCUUUAAUUUUAUACCAUUAUUUAUUUAAACAGAAGUUCGGUGAGAGUUUCCUUUCUCUACAAGUAUUCUAGUCAAUUUAAGGUUGAUUGUUUUUUUCAUUGUUUGUUUUUGAUAUAGAAAAAAGAAGGUACUUAGCCAAUUGCUAGCGUAAUUAAUGCUGAUUACUGUGCAAGUAACAUUUUUUCAGCAUUUGCCAUAAAUUUUAUGUACAGUGCAUACCAGGAUAAUACCAAUUCUUUUCAUUAAGAAUGUGUUGAAUACAUUCCAGUAAUUUUUGUGUUGUAAUCGCUGGUGAACUGAUUAAUGUAUAUAUUGAAUUACCUUAUUGGAGGUUUUUCUUAAUAGCAGUUCAGGUAUUUGUUACUUUUAUCUGAAUUGGAGUUAUGAUUUUGGAGAUACAAGUUCGGUCCCGUUGUUAACGUGAAACAAUAUCCCUGUGAUUUGUACAUAUAUAUUUGUCAUACUGUGAAUUGGCUACACAUGAUAUAUAUUUGAAAUACCAAUGAUUUUUAUUGUAAUGUCCAUGAUAGAGAGUUUUAAGUAUUUUGGCAUUUCUUGUUUUUUUUCUUUUCCUUUUUUGAGGGUAGAUUUGUUGCAUUGUGAAAUUUUAGUUUAUCUAAAAAAGUAUAUAUAUCAUGAUGUGGCUGAGGGUGAAGAUACAUACCAUACAAACUAUCUGGAUGCUGUGUGUGUAAGCAUUGCACAAGAUAUUGUGUACUGAAAGUUUUGUUGAAAAUAUAUUUAUAGGCCAUAAUAAAUAUUUUAGUGUAU